AUGGCUCUCCGUCGGCCCCUCUCAACUUCCUCUGUCUCGCCCCUCCUUAAGCCAACUACUAACUCUCGUCUCUCGCCGCAUCUACUCCGUAACCAGCUCAUUGUUCGUGGGGCCGCCAGUAGUGUCUCUGGCCGCCCAGGUUCCCAGACCCUCGGACACGCCGCGGAGAACAUCCGUGAAGAAGUCGGCCAGUCUGCUGCCGACCUUGCCAAGUCCAUCGCCGGCGGAAACGUUUUUGCGGACAAUGUAGAGCCCACCCAGCAGACAUUCCUUGGCAUCACGAACGCGGUCGCUCACGCAGUCCCAACUCCAUAUGUCGUGUUCGGUCUCGCAGGUGGUAUUCCGUACAUUGGCGCUUCGGGCGCGACCGUCUACCUCGCGUACCAGGCAGGCUUGGCUACACAGGGUUUGGUGUCCAACAUUGAUCCUGGUGUCGCCAUCACUGUGCUCCACCAGGCAUUGAGCCUCCAGACGACGUACGGUGCCGUUCUUCUUUCGUUCCUUGGCGCUGUGCACUGGGGCUUCGAGUUCUCCGGAUACGGCGGCCAUAAACAUUACUCGCGUCUGUUCUUGGGCGCCGCCCCAGUCGUGUACGGCUGGUCCACUCUGGCCCUUGACCCUGUGGGCGCGCUCAUCGCCCAGUGGAUCGGAUUCACUGCCAUGUGGUGGGCUGAUCUCAGGGUGACUGGCCUUGGAUGGGCACCCAAAUGGUACUCUCAGUACCGUUUCUAUCUGUCCAUCCUUGUUGGGACGUGCAUCAUUGGUUCCCUCGCAGCGACUAGCUACUGGGGACCUGUCGGCGGUCAUGGGCUCGUCAGCCACGACCUGAACAUGAUCCGUGCUGAGCGCAAGGCAUUGGCAACCGAAAAGGAGGGUACGGUUGCUGGGAAUAUCGAGGCAACUCCAGCGUCCGAGGAUGCAGACCGCUACGUGGUCGUGAAGAAGCACGAGGACUCUGAGGGUGAGCAAGCCAAGCCAGGGCAGCAGGAACAGCAGGAACAGCAAUGAGAGCAUUUUUUUUGACUUUUGCAUUGUCGUAACUGCAUGCAAGGACGUUCAUGAAUCAAUUGUACCAUGUACGAUAUGACACCGGCGAUACAUC